GUCAACAGAAUUGUGAGAUGGAAUAUGACACAUGAGUAAAUGGAAUAACACAACAAAAUUAAAUUAAUUUUAAAAUAAUUAAUUAAAAGAUUAAUGUAUAAUUUAAAAACACAGAACAGCGCCAUUAAUGGGCUAGAAUAAUGAUUUUAAUUACAUUUAAUUAAUAUAAUUGAUUUACUUGGAUGUAUCAAUUAACAGAUUUACUAUUUAAACCCCGUAAAAGUCUAUAUUUAUUCCAGGUUCUGUAGAUUACCAGAAUGUAAUACCUUUUUAUAUACAGUAUAUGUGUAAUACCGUAAUACCCAAGAAAUUUAAUUUAGAUGUCUUCUUUACUUUUGAUGCACAAAUAAAUUAAUAACAACUCUAACAUUUCCUACAGUGUAACAUUUUACAAAAUGCAAAACUGUUAAUUAUUAAUUUCUUUGGCAGUGGUUUAUAGGGUUUACAUGAUUUAUUACAAUUUUAGUUUCUCCACAUGCCACGGGGCGUCACAGCCACCAUAUCCACGCCCAUGUCACGUGCUGAUGCGCGGUGAGCCAAUCCGGAGCGAGGACGGGAAACAGCUGACGGAGAGCAACAACACAUAGCGACGUCUUUUCCUGCAGGUGGUGUGUAGUAGACUCCUGCACGUAGCUCACAAACUCUUUGGACCCCUCGGUGUUUAGCAAUGCAAGGUUAAUGCACUUUGUUUAACCAGAGCCUUCUGUAAAAAAAAAAAAAAAAAAAAGUAAAAAAAUAAAGAUAGAAAGAGGGACUUGGUGCGAGCUUUCCAGUGAGGAGGAGACCCCGGAGCUCGUCGUCCAUCCCAAACCAGCCGCACAAUGGCACCGUCCCUCAUCGGAGCUUGCCGCAGUCUGGCUCUCUCGACGUGGCUGCUGUCGUUUUGUUUCGUCCACCUGCUGUGCCUGGACUUCACGGUUGCAGAGAAAGAGGAAUGGUACACGGCGUUCGUCAACAUCACCUAUCUGGACCCCGUCACAUCGGAGGUCAAGACAGAGAAAACCGAGUGCGGUCGGUAUGGCGAGCACUCGCCGAAGAAAGAAGCCAGAGGUCUGGUCCUGGUGCCGUCGUCCCUGCAGGACAGACAGGCGUGCGACCCAAACGUCAGGUUCCCUCCCGUCUUUCACAACACCGCCUGGGUGGCGUUGGUGGCUGCGGGGAAUUGCACAUACCGAGAGAAAAUCCGUAACGUUGCCAACCUCAACGCCUCUGCAGUUGUCAUAUACAAUGUGGGCUCCAGCAGUGCCAACGACACCAUAACAAUGCCCCAUCCAGAAAUCCUGUCCUGUAAACGCGGUCUUCCUCCUGGACUUAUUUCGGGUGCAGGUGUUGAAAGAUGCUCUGUGACUGUAAUGCAAAAGUCUUCAUCGUGCACAACAUGCAAAGCAACAGAAGGUACAGGCGAUGUUGUGGCCAUUAUGAUCCCAGAGCCUAAAGGUCGUGAGAUUGUGGCGUUGCUGGAGCAACACAUCAACAUCAUGUUAUACAUCACCAUAGGAACCCGCAACCUGCAGAAGUACGUGAGCAGAACAUCGGUAGUGUUUGUCUCCAUCUCCUUCAUCGUUCUCAUGAUCAUCUCCCUCGCCUGGCUUGUCUUCUACUAUAUCCAGAGGUUCCGCUAUGCUAAUGCACGAGACCGCAACCAGAGACGUUUAGGAGAUGCUGCAAAAAAGGCCAUGAGUAAGCUGCAAGUACGCACCAUUAAGAAAGGAGACAAGGAGACUGAGUCAGACUUUGACAACUGUGCAGUUUGCAUUGAAGGUUAUAAGCCUAAUGAUGUCGUAAGGAUAUUACCAUGCAGACAUGUCUUCCAUAAGCACUGUGUAGACCCAUGGUUACAAGACCACCGGACGUGUCCCAUGUGUAAAAUGAACAUCCUUAAAGCUUUGGGAAUCCUACUGAACCCCGACUGUUCAGACGACAUUCCUCCAGACUACGAGACAUCUGUCGGAGGUCCACCCACAAACCCCAUCAGUGGGGCUAGUGAAAUCACAGUUAACGAAAGUUCGGUGGUUCUGGAUCCAGCCGGAAGAGUGAUUGACCUACAGCAGUUCCAUCCUAAUGCAGAGACAGACCCUCCGGCAGGGAAUGAGAGCCGCAUCAUCGCCAGCAGUGAGCACCAGCCUCCGCUGAGCAGUGAUUCAGACACUUCUAUCAUCAUGGGCAUGGAGGUAGGCAUAUCUGAAGUGGACCUGUCCACGGAGCAGGAAUGUGAGGGGGCGAAAUCCUGAGCCAGUCGAAGCUCAGAAAAAAAAAACAAGAAUCACCAGGAAAAGGAGGACAAGAGCAGGACCGGGUGAUCGGGGCCCCCCAGCGAUUCGCCUCGUCUUUGGCCCCUGGAGGAAGUGACUUCCCAGAAGAUGGGAAAAUGAGCAAUACAACAUAGCAGCACAAAAACACACAGUUCCGUAUUUACUGUGUCUGUGGACAUGUUGCUUGCUCGUUUUCUAGCAGUCACACCUCACAUCAUUUUAUUGGUUUGACUGCCAUGGUGACCAGACAGCCAAUCUCACAUUGUUCUCACAUUGUGGUGGCCCAGUUUUAGUCCACAUAAUGUUUUCACACCCAUAAAUCUGGCAUCUGAAAUACACAUACAAUAACUGCUGAGAUGUUGUAGCCCUCCACAGUGCUGAGAAGGCAAAAUUAGUUUCUCCUCACUCUGGCAACCUAAACCUACUGCUGGACACAAUGUAAGCACAGGAGCAGCAGGGCUGACAUGAUUAAAAAAAAAAAUGUGCAGAUUA